CAAAAUGUCGGAAACUGAUGUGGAACAGAUCAGAACCUUUAAGGAUUUCAUGGCUAAUUAUAACAAGUUGAGUGAAAUAUGUUUCUCCGACUGUGUCUGGGAUUUUACAAGCAGAAAGGUAGAAAAACUAAGAAUGAUUAAAGGGACUGUUGAUUUAAGAAGCGACCCUCCCAUUUAUAACGUUACCAAAUUCCUGUUAUGUAUCAGAUAUCAUCGGUCGUUGANGACCCAUUUCUCUUUCACUCGACCCCUUCCCCCCUCUGUCAAAAUUAGAAAUGUUAAAUUUCUUCUUUUUCAGGAAUUUCAAGUUGUUGCAAAUGAAAACGCUAUGGCUCAGAUUUCUCGAACUGGAAGGAUGUAGAACAGAUUUUCUAUCAUAGAAAAACAAAACUCAAUUGGAAUUCAAAUGUGUAUUUUCUGAUUCGGAAAAUUAGGUUUUUGUGUCUUAAUUUCCAGGAAACAAGAAUUUUGAGCCAGGAAAACGGAAUUUUGAGCUUGGAAACUGGUUUUUGAGAAAAAGAAACCAUGAAUUUGAAAACUAAUUUUUUUUUGUCUUUGAUAUAUACAAAUAUUUUGAUAUGUUGAGUAUUGUGUAGCCGAAUUUUUAGCAUUUUUUAAUGAAAUUUUGUUAUUAAACUUAUGUUAUAUGUAGUUGUUUUUUCUUUCAGAAAGAUUUAAAGUGAAGAAAUGUCGGUUACUAUAUCUACGAAUUGUUUGACAAGCAAGUCUCUUAACGGCCUCCUAUCUACUAUUCCUGUAGAGGCUGGCGAGGCUGAGGGGAAACCAACUGAGAAUGAUGAUGAUCAAUAUGAUUUUGAAGUUGAUUCUAUAGAUCCUGAUAUUUGUGUUGAAUUGAGAUCACCGAAGAC